UGAUGAGCUGUUACCGGAAUAUUCCCGAGUCCAGUCGUAGCCCCCAGUUUGCUCCAGCUGUUUCAGAUUAGAUGCAGAGCUGACUCCCUGCCCACCCACCUCUCGGUGACUGUGGACAUGACAGGGUUGGUCGUUUCAGACGGACAUGAGGAGACAUUUCUUCACUCACAGGGCUGUGAAUCUUUGGAGUUCCCGACUGCAGAGAGUGGAUGCCCGGUUGCUGAGUAUAUUCAAGACAGAGGGGGAGAAAAACAAUGGCUUUGAUGUCCUUUACCACAACAUGAAACAUGGGCAGAUUUCAGUCAAAGAGCUGGCUGACCUUGUGAGAGAAAGGGCUCUGAUUGAAGAAUCUUAUUCAAAAUCAAUGUCCAAGUUGGCAAAGGUGGUGAGCAACAGUUCACUGGGGACGUUUGCUCCAAUGUGGGAGGUCUUCCGGACCUCAGCUGAUAAAUUGGCUCUUUGCCAUUUCGAGUUGGUGCGGAAACUCAACGACUUGAUCAAAGAAAUGAACCGGUUCAAUGAGGAGCAGGUCAAAAUGCACAGGAAGACAAAGGAGGAGGUGUCAGGGACACUGGAAGCUGUGCAGAAUGUCCAAUCCAGUGGCCAGCUCCUGCAGAAAUGCAAAGACAAUUAUCAAAGCAAAUGGCUGGAGUGGGACAGACUGAAAAAGGACGGUGCUUCUCAGAAAGAGAUCGAUAAGGCUGAAGCCAAAUCCAAGAAAGCUGCAGAAUCGUACAAAGCAAGCAUCAAGAAAUAUCGUACUACUUGGUCUGAUUACCAGCUGAAGAUGGCCGACGCUGCCCAGAAGUUCCAGCAGGUUGAAGAGAUUCACCUGAGACACAUGAAGGGGUUAGUCAAGUCAUACUGCCAUUCCAUUGAAGAUACUCAUGUUCAGGUGGGCCAGGUUCAUGAAGAGUUCAAACAGAAUGUGGAGAAUAUUCAGGUGCAGGACCUGAUCCAGAAGUAUGCCCUGACCAAAGGGACUGGCAAAGAGAAGCCAGGACCAAUCGAUUUUGAGGAAUGUAACCCGGAGGUUUUGCUGGAAGCACCAAAGAAAAGCAAGCGGAAAUCCUUUGUGAUCCCAGGACUUGGCAAGAGGGAGAAGGACAGCGAUUCCACGGGCUCUCCGGAUGCUGACUCCAUCAAUUCUCCCGAGGUGGAUGAAGAAGGUUACACCAUCAGACCUGAAAUUGUCCGGAACGAUGAGAGGGAGACCCGGCCCUGCUCCUCCAGUGACUCGGACUUUGAUGAUGAUGAACCCCGGAAGUUCCACGUGGAGAUCAAACCGGUGACGGUGAAAGACUGGGCCUCUGACCAAGCCACAUCAGUAGAGCAGCUGAGGGCCUCGAUUGGGAAUAUCGUCCUCUCCUCCAAUCCCACUAUUCCAUCCAAAAGGAAUUCCACACGGCACCCAAUCCAAUUGGCUCCACUUGCUGUGGAAGGGAAUCCCCAGGGUAUUCACACUAGAGAGGCAGCUAUAUUCCAAUGCAGCAGCCCAGGCUCUGAGUCUGGCAGGACCGUUGCCUCGCAGAAUGGUGUCAGCUUUCUGGAUCCACUAUUUGGGCCACCGCUGGACGCUAUGUUUGAGAAACAAGAACUUAGAGCCCAGUGUCAUCAAGUCGAUGUGAAUCCUCUGCCAUUGAGCGCUCCGACCGGCUCCACUGCACUCGAAACGGUGGAAGAUUCUGGUCUCGAUUCUCCGUCUCUCCCAACCACUGACACUUCCUCACCAUCUCCAGAAUCCAGACCUUGGACUCCCCAGGCUGUCACCCCUCCAGUCUCACUAGCACUCAGCAGCAGCAGCUUCUCCCCAACCUGCAACGAAGCUUCCUCGCACCCUGUUCCAGUUUGUAGCCUCCAGUCGAAUGAGGGGACCUCGAAUAUGGAUUUUCACUGCGGUGCAGACAGAGAGCUGUCUCCUGUGGAUGUCUGUUCAGACCCUGAGCCUUCAGUUCCAGCUGUCCAGGGGCUAGUCACUGCCACGGCUACGUCAGCUUCAGCAGCUCCCAGUGUUCAAGCUGAGACCUCCAUCAGGGAGACAGCACUGAUCGCUCCUCCUCGUCGUCACUCAAAAAAGAAACUGUUCCCCGUUCCGCUCGAAGGGACGGACACAGAAGGGAACAUAUUAAUGAGCAUGUGACCAGUAGCCCGUUAUCCAUCCAGGAGGCUGUGUGUUAGUGUGAGGGUGUGUGGCUGCUUCUUUGUCACAGCCAGAAAGAACGUCUAUGCUGGGUCUGUCUGAGGUGCAUCGUUUCAUACAACAGGACUUAAAUUUUCAUCGCACACUUCUCAGGACAGUUUGCAAGAAGUACUCGUAUAAAGGAAAACAGCAUUUCUGUACAGUAUGAGAAGAGUGUGCCUAUUGUUUGGCAAAUGCGUACUGGUAAGAGGUGUUGCCAUGGAGAAUGCACCAGAUAAGUUAUGAUUGACAGUUAACUGCCAAGUUUGUUCUUUCUUCAAGUUAAACACAGCAGCAAGGCUGGGUAAGGCAUUCCCGGAGAAAUGGUAGUUACUCGUUUUGUUGAGUUGAAAUGGGUACAGUGCAUGUACAGGGCCUUUCUUUCUGCAAAGGUCCCCUGGAAACUAAUAAAAGUAGCUUCCACCAAAUUGGUUAUCAAUGUAAUUAUUAGCAUAAAAAAUAUUAUUUGACGAGUGUUAUACAGUCACAGCUAAAGCUGGACAAUGGCUUGAGUUUUUCAAGCACAGGUUGGUUGUGACAUGAUUUUUUGAUUAUAAUUUGCCAGUCUUUGGGACAUACAGCCUCCAUAACUAAAAUCAUAUCUGCCUGAAAUUCCUAAACUGUAACCAGAUUAAAUGAAACUGUAGCCAGUCAUUGGAGCUGGGCAACAAAGCCUGCAGACAUUAGGUGGUACUAUAAGCUAAGUAGCAAUGUGAGAAAUGUUUCAGAUAGUAGGAACCACAGAUGCUGGAGAAUCUGAGAUAACAAGGUGUAGAGCUGGAUGAACACGCCGAGCAGGAAAGGCUGAUGUUUUGGGCCUAGACCCUCAUUUAGAAAGUGUUUAGGCCCGAAAUGUCAGCUUUCCUGCUGCUUGGCCUGCAGUGUUCACCAGCUCUAAACCUAGUUAUCUGUGAGAGAAAUGUUGUCUGAUGCACCACAUGUGAAGCUGCCCCACGAACCAUGUUCUUGGUAAGUGAUGCAGUGUAAAAGGAUACUGGGCUGACCUGUGAAAGAAAUCUGGUUUUAUCAGGACAACUGGAGGCUAAAAGUGCAUUGAAGCGAACAAGAGGCCUGUGCAGCACACUGACGGCAACGUCGCAGACUUCCAUAAAGCCAAUGUACACACCACAGUCUCAGCAAGACCAAGCUUCACAAUGGAAGACCAUUCAACUGGACAACAAGCAAACUUUCCAUCUCAUGGCUGUGACAUUAUCAUGAGCAAAGUGAAGCAGAGGGUUUGCAUAAUUAGGAUCAAAAUGUUUUUUAUUGGCCUGUUCAGAGAUCUUAUGAAACACCUCUGGAGCUAAGACUUGAACCAGAAACCCCUGGCUUAGAGGUAAGGACAUCACUGCAUGGCAGGAGCCCUGGGUGGCUAGCAUUCUAUGCUGGGGAAAAAAAAAUUUGUCAACACCUGCUCGAAUGGGAUUGUGGGAGAUAUAGCAGUUUGGAUCAGAAAUUGGCUUGCUGAAAGAAGACAGAGGGUGGUAGUUGAUGGGAAAUGUUCAUCCUGGAGACCAGUUACUAGUGGGGUGUACCGCAAGGGUCGGUGUUGGGUCCACUGCUGUUUGUCAUUUUUAUAAAUGACCUGGAUGAGGGCGUAGAAGGAUGGGUUAGUAAAUUUGCAGACGACACUAAGGUCGGUGGAGUUGUGGAUAGUGACGAAGGAUGCUGUAGGUUGCAGAGAGACAUAGAUAAGCUGCAGAGCUGGGCUGAGAGGUGGCAAAUGGAGUUUAAUGCAGACAAGUGUGAGGUGAUGCACUUUGGGGAGUAACCGGAAGGCAAAGUACUGGGCUAAUGGUAAGAUUCUUAGUAGUGUAGAUGAGCAGAGAGAUCUCGGUGUCCAUGUACACAGAUCCUUAAGUUGCCACCCAGGUUGACAGGGCUGUUAAGAAGGCAUACAGUGUUUUAGCUUUAUUAAUAGAGGAAUCGAGUUCCGGAACCAAGAGGUUAUGCUGAAGCUGUACAAAACUCUGGUGUGGCUGCACUUGGAGUAUUGUGUACAGUUCUGGUCACCGCAUUUAGAAGAAGGAUGUGGAAGCUUUGGAAAGGGUGCAGAGGAGAUUUACUAGGAUGUUGCCUGGUAUGGAGGGAAGCUCUUACGAGGAAAGGCUGAGGGACUUGAGGCUGUUUUCAUUAGAGAGAAAAGGUUGAGCGGUGACUUAAUUGAAACAUAUAAAAUAAUCAGAGGGUUAGAUAGGGUGGAUAGGGAGAGCCUUUUUCCUAGGAUGGUGACAGCGAGCACGAGGGGGCAUAGCUUUAAAUUGAGGGGUGAAAGAUAUAGGACAGAUGUCAGAGGUAGUUUCUUUACUCAGAGCGUAGUAAGGGAAUGGAACACUUUGCCUGCAACGGUAGUAGAUUCGCCAACUUAAGGUACAUUUAAGUUGUCAUUGGAUAAGCAUAUGGAUGUACAUGGAAUAGUGUAGGUUAGAUGGGCUUGAGAUUGGUAUGACAGGUCGGCACAACAUCGAGGGCUGAAGCGCCUGUACUGUGCUGUUAUGUUAUGUGAAACCAAAGUUGAUCCAGGAGCUGGUGCAUUCGCUGAUUCUUAUCAAGCUGGAGGACUGGUGGCGAGGGCGUCCCGGGGUGGCUGGAGGACAAUGAUACAACCCUCAGCUGUAAAGCUGACCAUACACAAUGGAAUGGCCGUGCCUCCCGUUUACAUUGAUGGAAUACAGCUGUUGUGAGUCUGCAUAGAGACCGAUGGGUGUUUUACUGGGUGAACAAGAGUGGAGCCAUAAGGGUAAGGCUGGCCAUGUGUACACAGUGUGUGACAAUUAGGAGAUCACCAAGACACCAAUUGUGACAGAUUGGCCAGAAAUAAUUGCCUUGAGUCAGCCCAGGAUGUAGAACAAUUGUACUUGGACAGGUUUGAUACCAAAAGAAAUGUCAAAAGUAAUACAGUAAUGCACCUGGAAGAGGAUGGAAUUCUAUUUAUGGACCUUUCCAGAAUGUACAGCGUUCACCAGAGUUUUGGAAUCGAGCUGGACAGUAUGAAAUGAGACAAUUGGAAAUUGCUGGAAAACUUCAGCAGGUCUGGCAGCAUCUGCAGAGAGAAGUCCAAAUUAAUGUUUCAGGUCCAGGGGCUGUUUAGUUUUUUGGAACAGUGGGAUUUGACCACCAUCUACAGGCAGACCCUUUUUAAGGAUGGACAUGUCAAAUGUCACCACAUUACCACUGAUUUGGCAGUCUUGUCAAGUGUGUAGUUCAUGCUAUUUGAAGCACUUAAUCAUGAUGUGAGGGCAAUGAACCGGGAUUUUUAUAUUCUGAUGUUAGACUGAAGGUUAAUGCACCUGGGCAUGGGCUUCCUGUUGCCUCCCACAUAAUCUCUGGCAAUCUAGGCCAUCACCUGACCAAACUCCCCAAAAUCCAGAGUAAACUUGAAAACGGAAGCGAAUGAGUGGUACGUGACAAGACUCGCGGAGACAGAGUUGGUCAGACGCGUGUAUGUUGGAUGGCUGAGGCCAGAUAUUCCACCCGGGGAGAUGGAUGCUCCAAGCAUUACACAGCAGCAUAAAUCCCACAGGGGUAUAACUCCUGGUAGAGCCAAUCUUGAGGAGGAACAGAAUAACCUUGGGGAACGGUAAAGAACACUAAUAGCGCGUAAAGUGUCUAAAGAUAAGCUCCGAGUUGAGGUGUGAAAGAUAAUUGUGAAAAAAUAACACUCUUUAACAAAGUGUAAGAUGCCAACACACCCAGCAGCCAAAAACACAGGUCUGAGAAUUCUCAAACUCCGGGAAAUGAGACCACCAUGCCAUCUGGGAGGUUAUAUCACCUCCUCGGCCAUUAAACCCUUAAAUUCUACAAUUCCUAUUUCUGUGCAAUGAGUUUUGCAACAACCCUAAAUGUAUGUGCAUUUCCAUCCUUAAUCCAAUUAUCUUGGGAGGAAAGGGGAUUAUGGUAACUUCAUUUUAAGAGCUAACCAGCAGGUGAUCAGCAUGUAGCUUACAGCAUGUAAGUGCAAAGAUGUACAUGAGCAAACUUCUACUGGAUCUUCAAAUAAACAGAACCUACAUCUAUUUCCCAGGCCUGGUGUGAGAUGGGUGACUUUGUGUUGGGAAAGAACAAAAAUUCAAAACAACCAUGCUGAGUUUAGUUUGUGCUAGCAUCCUCAAGGUUAAUGAGAACUGGUUCUGUUCCUUCUGAACAAUUCAGCUGUUUGAACAUGAGAAUUGUUAGGAGAAAGGCCCUCCCUUUUUGUUUGAUAGAUCUCUACUUUGUGUGUUUUCUCACCCUGUCCUUUAAUUCCCACAAAAUGAACUACUGUCUGGAAUGUGUCAGUUUGACUCAUUGUACCCUGGUAAUGCUCUCCCAAAUCAUCUUCCAUCAGGCAGAAGAUACAGAAACAUGAACACGCACACUGGCAGGUUCAGGAACAGCUUCCUUCUGGCCGUUAUUAGACUGAUGAAUGGACUCUCUAGCCUCAAAUAAUGCUGAUCUUACUAACAUCGAUCUCGCUUAACCUGUGUAUAUAUCUCUCAGUCUUUUCACAACCUUUGAUCUGUACAUCCUUGCUUUAGUAUGAUCUGCCUGUACUGCUCAUAAACAAAGCUUUUCACUGCACUCUGGAACAUGUGGCUGUAAAAUCAAUCAAUCGAUCCAUCUUGUUGCUGAGCCACAAGGCUGUCGGUUCGUGCCCUGGUUCAGGGACUGAGGCUAUAGCCCCCAAGGGGGAAUACUGCUCUGCUGGAGCUAUCAUCAGUCAGAAGUAUGA